AAGAAUCGUCAUUGCUCUCGGAAAUCCAUUCCUCCCUUCGGUCUUCCAAGCGAAACUCGAAAAAAGCCUCGCGCCAAAGUUCAAAACUUGAUUCGGCCUCGGAUUUUUCGGACAGUGACCUCGAUUCCAGACGGUUCAAGGGUCGAUCAUCGAAUGCGGGCAUGUUCGGCUCGACCUUCGACACUUUCCGCAUUGCCACUGCCAACAGUAAAAUGGUACAUGGGGGUGGACCCGGGGAGCUUGAAUCUGUCCCCGUUACCUUGGGAUAUAAUCCAGGACAGGGAAGCUCGUUGGACAAGGAGUACUUCUUUGAGUCCUACACCGUGUCGCGUGAUAAUACCGCCUCACCAGAUUUCAUGGACCUCGAAUUCCGCUAUGGGGAGCUCAAUCCCGACGAUUUGGACGACGGGGACGAUAUUCCCAUAGGUGGGAUGGCCGAAAAUUACGUCGCAUCCGGGACAGCGGAAGCUCAAAUUCCCACCCUUGGAGGUCAUCCGGGAAUCGGUAGUCUUCCAGGCUUGGGUUCGGUCCCUAGCUUCGGUCAUCUCGGCCAUCCUGGACCCCAACGAGGUCACCAAGCUCCUUUCUCAAUGGGUGUUAUGAGCGAAGGCGUGUACUCCAACGACAGGGAUGAUCCCAAUGAGAGGGAAGAAUCCUCAAACGUACUUCGGGUCAAAACCGUGGGUGAGCUGUCAGUGCCUCAACUAGAGAUGGAUGCCUUGGCAUCUCCUUUAGGAUCCGUUCCAAGCUUGAGUCGGGACCAAUCUGAACCGCCUCCCUUCGGUCUUAUGCCCCUUGGAGGCGAGCCUUCGACUAUCCCCUUGGGACCCCUUGGAUCGAUACCCGGUGGCGGGGGAUUUGCACCCUCUGCUGGAGGAUUAGGAUCUCUUCCGUUUGGAACCGUCCCAAGUGGUGCUCGAGUGGGUGGUUCCAUGGCGGUAGAUACAUUUGGGGCGUCUUCAUUGCCCGGACAAUUCAUGAACUAUGAUUCCAGUGGCGGGUCACGCCUUUGCUUGACCAGAGAUUCUGGUGUGACGUCAAGUGACUUUUCAGAUGCCCACGGUCGCUUUUCGGCCAUCGGGGAUCGACAGGACAAUCCUGGUGAUGGCAUGUCAGAUGAUGGGCGUGGCUCCAACUUGAUGGGAAUGGAAGACUCCGAAUUCCGGGGUGGUUACCUGAAGGAUGAUGUUGACGAUAUGGCUGAACUCAAAUUUAGUGGCGAUAGUAGCUCAAUAGGUGGUGGUGAGCUCGAUAGUGUUCUCAAGUCCUUGAACCCUGAGGAGGUGGAGAGGCGAAGGCGGCAAUUAAGUCGAACCUACAGUUAUGACUUAGGAUCUGAUGGAUUCGAAAGUCCGGGCUCGUCCCUCUUUGGUAAACCCGGGUUCAACUUCCUUCCCUAUGGCGUCCGAACCCCCGAUAGUAUCAUGUCGACCGGUUCUCGUGACCUCAUGGGCUCAGGUGGAGGAUCUUUCGGAUAUUAUGGAGCCGGUUGGCGAUUGCCCGACAAGCUCCGGAUCGUCAAACCUCUGGAGGGCUCAUUAACCUUGCACAACUGGCAACGACUCGCCCGCCCACAUUUGGGGAACAUUCUCGAGGAGCGAGAAGGCGUGGCCAUGCGAGGAGCACUUCCAUCGGUCUUCUCCAGGAGUGAAGACUCGGAUUUUGAUCCACUUCUCCUGGCUCAGGACAAGAAUCUACCGCAAAUUGGUCCAAAACCAGAUACCUGGACGUUGGACACGAUCACCAAUUGCACUGUGCUUCAUCCGGACGAGACCUCGGCCCACACCCAAUUAACUUCCACCUAUGGGGGCGCUCAAAUGUCCAGCGGCUUUGGCCACCAAUCCAGACCUUCAACGGCAUUCUCAUCGCGGUGUUCGAGCCGCAUGUCCAGUCGGAGACAAUCCAUAUCAGAAUCGGGUUGGCGGCGAAGUGGCACUCUCACCUGUUCCAGUAACAUCGGAUUAGCCAAGGUACUCAACGAGCGCUCGAUCACCGGGUAUCUCAGUGACAGCACGCUCAGACUCGACCGCAGUGGGGUGUACAAUGAAGCUGCAUCCAUCGUGAGUCUCACGCCCAGUGUCAUCUCGACGCCUACAGGUGUGCGAUCAUUCUCCCCCACGGGCACGCCCCUCAACUCGCCUACACACACGCCUCCGGGUACACCUCCUAAUGAGCUGGAAGGAAGUGAGAACGGGUUUGUUCUGGGCUUCUUUGCCAGUUUGAGGAGCGCCCUCUACGGGGAGCAGAAGAAAGAGGUCCACACCCUCCGACAUCAGCGCAAACGGAAACAACUCAAGAAACUGGGCAUCCUGGAGCGAGUGGCAGAGGUGGGAGUGGAGAACUUGCUGAGCAGCUCUCCCGUCCCAUCCCAUCUGAGUGGAGGGAGUCGGGACUCUUCUAUGUCACGAGAAGACUCCUUGAGUAGAACAAUCUCAGAUUUCGACCUUCGCUUCAUGACCACUGACAUCCAAAGCAGUGAGCUAGUGGAUGUCGAGCCCGGUUCACUCACGCUUUCGCGGCCCAAAAAGAAGCCUUUGCCGCCCAACCACCGCGAAUCUACUCCUGAUCCUUUCAUGUUGACCUCGAGGGGUGCCAUGUCCAUUCCCGGUCUCCAGAGCCCGUGUAACAUCAGCUCGAUCUAUGGCUCGACCACGCACAAUGUGGUGGGUGGUCGUGGUCCAGGGCGUGUGAUUGCCAGUCCAGGGGAUCGGAGGGGUGCCGUGUUUCCGGGAUUAGGAGUACCAGGUCAACCAGGAACCGGGGCACUCCUGAAAUCUGCCUCAGGCAAACCGGCUGAACGCAUGGAUCUUGGGUCAGUUCCAACGAGCUCUUGCUCAGGAGGCAUUUACCAAGAUACAAGUGACGGUGGGUUCAUUGGGAGCAUCACGUCCAUGUUUUUCGGACGGAAAGGAGGCUUACUUUGAGCCCAGAGACAGUUAUCCAAUAGUUUAUCGUCGAGUCGUAGUUUGUGAAGAAGAGGGUAUAAUACAAAGACAACACACAUAACACACAUUCAAACACGGGAUGGAGAUUACUAUGUCAUGAUCAGUAUGCCUUAUGGAAAGUGCUGCGGCCGUGUCGAACGGCGUGUGAGGAGAACGAAGAAGAAAGAUUUGACUCUCCUUAUGAACAGGGCUGUGGUUCUUUUGUUUUUUCUUAUGUCGAAUCGGAUUGUUUGGUAAUUAUUUUGAAUGUUCCUAGCGCAUCUUUUAAUAUUGCUUGUGACUAGUAAGGAGUUGAAUGCGCCCAAUUCUCGGCACCGCCUGUUUCAUUUGUCAUUGGUCUGUUGACUAUCUCGCUCUUCAUUUGUCGCUUCCCCGUUUUUGAAACGAUCAAUAUUAAAUCAAUAUUUUUUUUUCGCUCAAUCCGUUCGUUUUGAAAUUUGCUAUGUCCUCGCUCCCCAUUGUCAAGCCAGAAAUUAACCUUGUGCUAAACUACCAAUCUCUGCUUUAGAAGUGCUCAUCCUACAACCAUGUUUUGAAUUAAUUCAACUGAUGGACUGGAUGAAUCUAGUCGACCGAAAUUGUGAGAAUACGUGAUGAACGAAUCAGUAAAAUUUACAAAAAUAAAGAGAUAUUCACAUUAAA